CUCGUCGCACUCGAUAUCCUCCACAUCUGAGCAGAGACUCAUUCUCACUGCAUGCCACACGUACAUGAUAUCUAUUAUGGCACCAUCGACCUCGACGUCCUCUGCCGCAACGCUCCGGAUACCAUUGCGCCGCUUCGCAACUCAGGUUUUCUUCUCCGCGCUGGCGAACCUCAUUACCGGCCUCCUACAGAGGUGGAACAUCUUGUACAUAAGUGGACUCGUCGCACUCGUCUGUGUCCCCUACGCUGAUCUUGCACUGUCAUUUCGCAAUCCUCUCGCCAAAAUCCGAAGUCCGCAAUACUGCAUCUCUCUCAGCAUGUGUCUGGGAUACCUUCACCAAGCCACCACAGCCAUCGGAGAACGCCUGCUCGAUUCCAGCGCGGGCUUUUCGCACACUCAACACGUAGCCGUCCACUUCUGUCUCGCAUUUUUCCUCAUUUCAGAAUUCGAGUUCUACCGCGCAUACAUCAACUUCAAGAACUUCGAACCAGGUCUCGACGCGAUCAAGUACUUCCUCGUAGCAAAUGUCGAGCCCAACCACGUCUUCCCUAUCUCUCGCGAUCCAGGGGGCUUUGGCUAUAUGACUCGCGCUGAAGGACCCGACAUCGAGAUAUUCAGUAAGUCCAACGGCUUGCACAUUGGUCAGUGGCUGCUCUUCUGGAUUAUUGGUGGGCUGGCGAACCUUUUGCUCAAGCACAUAGUUGAUCCAAGCUCGAAUGACGGGAAGGAUCUUUUGUUGGCGAUGACGAGUACGAAUGUCUUCUACACAACGGGGAAUGCCUGGAUGCUGUUUCUGAAUCUGCCGCUGCUGAGGGUGGUGAGACAGGCAAAUCAUGUAGGGAUUUGGGCGGUGGUGGAGUGGUGGAGUGGUGGAAGAUGAGAACCGAAGCUUACGACGAGUCAGCCUCAUAUGCUAAGAUGCAGGUAUGAUAUGCAGAGACUAUGAACUCUAUGCAACUGAGCUUAUGGGUACUUUAACAAUGGUGAGCCUCCUUGGAUCUUGCCCCAUAGUCGCUCCAUUUGGGCACUCUCUUCCUCCUCUCGCAAGCAUAAACGACAGUCACUGACUGAGAUCGGCUCCUCUCCACUGGAUGCGUACUGGAGUCCAACUGUCAUGAUCCGCCCUACACGAAGAUUUCCCCCGGACAUCAUUCGAGCGACGCUUCUUCUAGAACUCAAUCAGUGGCCGUCUCCACGUAGCCUGCCCUGCCUACACAUUCUUCUCUAUUGAAGUCGAAGUCUCAUAUCGAGCAUGAUACUUCCGACUUUACCCAAACAUACGUCCAAUCCCAGGAUGCAGCUGGAAGCGCAAUCGUGUGUCCAACAAGCGGAGCUCAAGCGGAGCAAAUACGUUCCCUCA